CUGUGACAUCGGCGUGACAGGCUGCGACAUCGGUGUGACAGGCCGCGACAUCGGUGUGACAGGCUGUGACAUCGGUGUGACAGGCUGUGACAUCGGUGUGACAGCGCCGCGGCAGCGCCGUGACAGCAGCCCCGGGGGGGACGGGCCGGGCCCCGCGCCCGCUGCCACCGCCACCAUGCAGAUGACCUUCUACUUCUCGGACACAGCAGUGCUGCUCUUCGACUUCUGGAAUGUCCACAGCCCCACAGGGAUGGUGCUCUCGGUGCUGGUGAUCGUGCUGCUGUCCGUGCUCUACGAGGCCGUGAAGAUGGGCAAGGCCGUGCUGCUGCGGCGGGCGCUGCUGGCCCUGCCCCGCAGCCUCAGCCAGGAGGCCCUGACCGAGCCACAGGAGGGGGACAGCGACCCCGCGCAGGGCAGGUGGUUUUGGUUCCACGUGGGCCAGACGCUGUUCCAUGUGGUGCAGGUGGUGCUGGGCUAUAUGGUGAUGCUGGCUGUCAUGUCCUACAACGCCUGGAUCUUCCUGGGGGCCAUCGCAGGCUCCACCCUGGGCUACUUCAUGGUGUACCCCCUGCUGGGCCGGGGCUAGAGCUCCCCCGAGGUGGUGGCACACAUGUCCCACCUCCUGCUCCUUUGUCUGGAAUAGUUGCUGUCACUUCUGCUGGGUCUGUCUCUGUCCCUGUGCUCUGUGGGACAUGGAACCCCAAGGACUUGCUGGCGGCCCUCAGGGCUGGCCCCGCUCUGGGGACGGGGAGCCCCAUGGCCAGCACUCACCACGCUGCCACUGGCCUCAGCUGGUGGCUGUCCCCCAGCUCUCAGGGACCUUUGUGUGGGUGGUGACAGUGGGGGGGUGCUGGCAUUUUCUCCCCCUCCCUGCUUUUCGAGGAGGUUCAUCCUGGCUGGAACGGGAAUGAUCCGGUGACUUGCUGGGGACAGGGACCCCUGCCCUCCUGCCCAGAGCUGCCCUGCACCAAGCCCCUCUUCACACAGUGCCUUUGGGGACACUGGGGGUCCUGCCACCCCCACCCCACUCCUGUGCUUCAGGGAUGGGGCUGGAGCCGCUGGUGUGGCUGUGCUGCUCCAGGUGCCUCUUGCUGCUUCCUCAGGACACCCCUUUGAAUAAAAUCAUCUCAGCUCCA